UUUGACAUUUGACAAGUAAACAACUUGGAAAAAGUGUUUAAGUUAUUGGAUAGUGAAUAAAAUAAACCACACAAAAAUCAUGACUGAGGUCCGAGAAAUAACCAUAGUGGUCAAAUGGAGUGGCAAAGAAUAUCCCAUAACAGAUUUAACCGACCAGGACACUGUAGCUGUGCUACGCCAUGAAAUAUUCAAAAUGACCCAAGUUCGACCGGAACGCCAGAAGCUACUAAAUUUAAAAUACAAAGGCAAACCGGCGGAAGAUAAUCUCAAGUUGGGUAAUUUAGAAUUGAAACCGAAUUUCAAGCUGAUGAUGGUCGGUUCAACUGAGGCGGACAUUGAGGAUGCUUGCCAAAGACCCGAUGACAUUGGCGAGGUCAUCGACGACUUGGAAGAUAAUGAUGAAGAAGAAUCCUUACAGAAUUCGGCCAUAUAUUUGGCAAAAAUACAAAAGCGCAUCAAGGAUUAUACCAUUACCGAGCUAAAUCCUCCAAGGCCAGACAAGCAUUUAUUAGUAUUAGAUAUUGAUUACACGCUCUUUGAUCAUCGCUCGUCAGCCGAGUCGGGUGCGGAACUGAUGCGCCCCUACUUACAUGAGUUUCUUACGUGUGCCUAUGAACACUAUGACAUUGUCAUUUGGUCAGCCACUGGCAUGCGUUGGAUCGAAGAGAAAAUGAAAUUGUUGGGAGUAUCCAGCCAUCCGGCGUACAAAAUAAUGUUCUAUUUGGAUUCACAUGCAAUGAUAUCGGUACAUACGCCCGACCGAGGUGUUAUAGAUGUCAAACCUCUGGGUGUUAUUUGGGGUUUGUAUCCCCAGUAUUCGGCUGCCAAUACAAUUAUGUUUGAUGACAUACGGCGCAAUUUUCUCAUGAAUCCACGUUCGGGUCUACGCAUUAGACCUUUCCGCCAGGCUCACUUAAAUCGCAGCACCGACAAAGAGCUUUUAAAGCUAUCAAAGUAUUUAAAGGAUAUAGCCAUCAAUUGCAAAGACUUUUCCAAAUUAAAUCAUCGCAAAUGGGAACACUAUGAUCCACGCAAAUAGUACCACAAAAAUUGUCUUCCUUUUUCUUAAUUGUCCACUAUGUUAUCGUCUUUUUUGAUCUAAUAUGACGUUGCGCAUCUAUGCAUUUUUGGCUUCAAAUACAAGUGCUCUUAAAGGAAAAAGAAACCAAACGA